AUGCCGCAAUCCGUCAGGGGAAGGCUCCUGCAUCUCGCUUCAGAGGCGGGGGUGAAGGCAAUCUUUGCUGGUCAUUAUCACCGAAACGCUGGAGGAUGGUACACCGAUCCGUCUGGUCAUAAACUCGAAGUCAUCACGACCACUGCUAUAGGAUGUCAGAUAAACUCGAGUAGAGAGCCUGAUGCGGAUCCAUUAGAACUUAGUGGGAUGGGCGACUUUGUCAUAGACGAAACACGGUCUGGACUACGCCAAGUCGACGUCACCGAAGAAGCAGUGUCGCAUAAGUUCAUUACGGUUGCGGAGAUGAUGGAUCGUUAUGCGAAUCUUGAAUGA